ACUCCAUCAAUGACCUUGUACGUGAUGCUUAAUUUCAUUCCAACGAUUGUUCGUUUAAGGUUAUAUUGAUUAACGUGCGCUGUUCAGAGCUGGCGACACUCUGUGAUGUUGAGCAAUCAGAAUAUUUGGCCAAUGAAUUAUAGUUCAAGAGAAUCAUAACCUUACUGCCUAACAUCAUAAAGCACAACUGUCAAACUACAUAGACUUGGCUAUCAUCAUAUGUUUUAUAAUUUUUUAUAAUAAUUCUCAAUUAUAAAUCAGAUCUAUCAAGUCACUGUUAUUCAGCUAUGGCUGAUGAAGUAGAUGAAGAUCGUUCUAAUGAAGAAGAUUUCCAGGAGUCUGAUUUUCGAAAUGAAGGUGUUGGAGAUGAGCUCACAGAUGUAGAGGUUGAAUCUCUGAAAAGGGAAUUGCAAUCAGAGAUUUCAGAGUUGGAAUGGGAAUUUAAACAAGUCAAAGAGUUAUUAUACAAUGAAAGAUUAAUGCAAGCAGAGAACAAAUUAUCUCAAGCCAAAUCGGGUACUGCACCAGAAUUUCUUCAUGUUGUAUCUUUGGUCGAAGAAUCGUAUAAGAUUAGAUCACAGGUGGCAAAAUACAGAAUGCGAUUCGCUGUAGAAGUAGUCAAUAAAGAGGUGGACAACGAAUUACUACUUGUUGAAUGUGAUGCCAAGGAGCGACUUCUAGCAGCUGAAGAACAGAUUCGUGUACGUCUUCAAGAGAGUAUCUGUAAACUUCAAUAUGAGCGUAUUGUUCGUGGAUAUAAAACUCCUAAAAAUGUUGAUAAAGAAUCUUCAAUAUCUUCAGAUCAAUCUGAUAUUUAUCUCCCUAGCCCAAAUCUUGAACCUCGAAGGAAACCAGUUACCCUAUCUCCAACCACUCCAAAACUUAUAUAUCAAAUUCCUGAGAAAGAUAUUCAAUCAGAUAUUGAGUUUAUUUUAGCAGCUGUGAAAAAACACAAAUUGGCCUUUGCUAUAUCUCAGUUCGACGGUGAGAAGAUAUCAUUGUAAUAAAUGUAAAUAUAUAACUUUAACUUUAAGUUGGCAUUAUUUUAAUUUCUACCCUUCCUAUAAAUAAUAUAUUGUAUGUACUGAUUAGUAAUAUGUAAUUGUUAAGCUACUUUAUUUAUUAUACAACCAUAAUUUUUAUCUAUAUAUAUAAAUAAUUUUUCU